AUGUGCUGCAAAAAUGGAAAUGCGACAGUUACACAAGUAGCUGCUCCCGAAGAGUUGCGGCAGUUAUUUUCAGACACUACAAUUGAAGGUCGACAUUUUAGACAAAAUAUUAGAGGUUACAACCAUGUUAUGUCGUUCACUUCCUUGGGUGUUCAUAUCGAUGAAACAAUGCAUGCUACAAGUCGUGGUAUAUACACAUUCCCUGCCCAAGGAUCAAUUUACCACAAAAUAGGUGGUUUUCAUCCAAAUCAAGGUUCUAGGCCGCGAUUUUUACAAUUGUACAUUUAUGAUACGGACAAUGAGCUUCAAAAUAGAAUGAUAGAAAACCCUCAACUAAACCAAGUUGUUGUGCGUAGAUUGCAAAAUAUGCUCCACCAAUACAAUCCUUUUGUGCAUAAUUUAAGACAGCUUGCACUUCAGCCAAAUGUUCACGAGUGUAGGCUUCUUAUUAAGGAGCGUCCAUCAAAUCAACCUCAAUAUAAUCUCCCAUCUGCUUCACAAGUCGCUGCAAUUAUUAUUGGCGGUGAUGAUGUAACACUGGAACAUGGACGUGAUAUAAACAUCUUCAGCAACGAUGGAAAUCUACAAAAGGUUCAAGAAACAAUGGGAUAUUAUGAUCCAUUGCAAUAUCCGUUAUUGUUUCCCUUUGGUACAUAUGGUUGGGACCUCCAAACAAGAAAUUCUUCUAGAACAAAGAUUUCAUGUCGGGCAUACUAUAGUUACAUGCUCCAGAUUCGUGCAAAUGACCGAUCUAUAUUGUUAAAAUCUGGUCGACUUCUACAACAAUAUGUUGUUGAUAACUAUGUUAAGAUAGAAACUGGAAGACUAAGGUGGAUGCGGAGAAAUCAGAAUAAUAUUCGGUCUGAGGUAUACCAGGGGUUGCAGGAUGCCUUAUAUGAUGGGGAAAAUAACGCAGCAAAUGUCGGGCAGAGGACAAUAUUACCAUCAUCAUUUAUGGGUAGUAAACGAGAUAUGACACAGAGAUACCAAGACGGUAUGGCCAUUGUGCUUAAAGAUGGUAAACCGGAUAUUUUUCUCACAAUGACAUGUAACCCUUCUUGGUCUGAGAUCACUUCUGAACUUGGCCCUAAUCAAACCCCACAAGAUCGUCCUGACUUGCUAACAAGAAUAUUCCGCUCUAAAUUUGAGCAAUUGAAGGAUGAUGUCAUAACUAAAGGUGUCUUAGGAAAUGUUAAAAGUUAUAUGUAUGUAACUGAAUUUCAGAAACGAGGUCUCCCGCAUGUGCAUAUGUUGUUAAUCUUUGAUAACAAUGACAAGUUACGAGAACCAGAAGAUUAUGAUAAGGUGGUAAGAGCAGAAAUACCAAAGGUUGAAUCUGAGCCUCAAUUGUAUGAGGCAGUCCUAAAACACAUGAUUCAUGGGCCAUGCGGUAGGCUGGAUCAAAAGUCACCAUGCAUGAGUAAAGAAGGGCAAUGUAAGAAGAGAUAUCCAAAAGAAUUUGUAGAAGAGACCCGUCAAGGAAAUGACUCAUAUCCUCAAUACAGAAGACAAUUUAAUGAACCAGUUUCUCUUAAUAGAAAUAUUCAUGUAGAUAACAGAUGGGUGGUUCCUUAUAAUCCAUGGUUGCUGUUAAAAUAUGACUGUCAUAUAAAUGUUGAGGUAUGCAGCAGCAUCAAAAGCAUUAAAUAUCUCUACAAAUAUGUUUACAAGGGACCUGAUCGUGUCGCAAUGGAAGUUCACAGAGGAACAAAUAUGGAUGAAAUUCAGCAGUUUGUAGAUGCAAGAUGGAUUUGUGCUCCAGAGGCAUUAUGGAGAAUAUUUAAAUUCACUUUAUACAAGUUAUAUCCCUCCGUUGAAAGACUGCAAAUUCACUUACCAAAUCAUCAACAAGUGCGAUAUUAUAACCAUCAACAAAUUGCUGCUGUGCUGAAUGAUGACCGAAAUUCAAAAACAAUGCUCACAGAAUUCUUUGCACUAAACCAAAUGGAUCCAUAUGCUAGUAAUUUAUUGUACAGACAGAUUCCAUAG